GAUCGACAAUGCGGGGCGCCUCUUCUCUUCCGAAGCCAUCCACGGUCAUCCAACGCACAACGACACCUCGAGCGACUAACUUCCGCGUCUCAUUGUCAACCUUUGUUGUAAAAGCGACAUGCGUCUUCUUGAUUUUUGAUAUUUGGCUCCUAUGUGGUAUGACGCACUCGAAAUGCAUGUGGAAAGUUAAUACAGUACGGAUCUGCUCAAAAGGACGCGCUCCAAGGAAGCAUAAAUCGGAGAUUGCUUCUUCCAAUGCAGUGCCGUGGUUUUGAGAUCGUGGCUAGGCAAGCCAGGGUAACUGCCUGGCGAGUAUUGGCCUCCGCUCACAUGCCCUUGACUCUUGAAUUCAUG